AUGCAGCCCAAAGGGCGAAAUUCACGCAGUGAAGUGUUCUACAUCAGCAAGAGUUUCAGAAAGGCUGUCACCCUUCCACCAGCACGGGCAUGGCGAGUGAAGGACACCGACGUUGCAGCGCGGGGCUACGUGCUGUGCAUCACAAAAUCAAAGGGACUGCUCUUCGACAAGAUGACCAACCUUGAGCCAAGGCUGAUUACCCUCACUCGUAGCGGGCUGCUCAUCAUUUACAACAAGGAGGAUAAGGGAUAUGUCGUGGACGUCAAGGAUGCCAAAGUGAUGACGACUAAGACUGAUCACUUCCGUACCAAACGACAGUCAUAUGUAAGUUGA